AUGUUGAUUUGUGUGCGUAAUAGCUUUAAAACUUGCGUCGAAAGUUUGUAGAUAUUUAAUUUACUUUAGUUUUUUUUAGAAUUUUUCCUAUAACGUUGUAUAAAUUGUCUACUGGUCAUCUAGAAUAAAUAGUUUUAUUUCAAUAAGAAAUCCAAUUUAAAAACCAACUAAUCUACUUUCAUUUAAGUAAAAUUAUUUUCAAAAACAAUGUCUGUACUGAAUCAUAACUGUGAUGAUCAACCUGAGUGCCCAUUAUGUAUGGAAGCAUUUGAGGUUGAUGAUCUGAACUUUUUUCCAUGUACGUGUGGUUACCAAAUAUGUCGGUUUUGUUGGCAUCGUAUUAGAACUGAUGAAAAUGGUUUAUGCCCAGCAUGUCGAAAACCUUACCCUGAAGAUCCAGCUGAUUUUAAACCACUUAGUCGAGAAGAAGUAGCUAAAUUAAAGGCGGAAAAAAGGCAUAAAAAUCAACAGAAAAAAAACAAAAUUACUGAAGAUAGAAAAGUACUUAACAAUAUGCGAGUUUUACAAAAAAAUUUAGUAUUUGUAGUUGGUCUACCCAAUCGGAUAUCAGAAGCUGAAACACUCAAAAAACAUGAUUAUUUUGGAAAAUUUGGAAAAAUAUUAAAAGUUGUUAUAAAUCAAAGUACAUCAUAUAUUGGAACUCAAGGUCCAAGUGCAAGUGCUUAUGUAACAUACUCAAAAUGUGAAGAUGCACUUAAAGCUAUUUUAGCAGUUAAUAAUGUAAUUAUUGAUAAUAGAGUAUUAAAAGCAUCAUUGGGUACAACUAAAUAUUGUUCAAAUUUUAUGAAAAAUCAACCUUGCCCUAAAACAGAUUGCAUGUAUUUACAUGAAAUGGGGGAACCUGAAGCCAGUUUUACUAAAGAUGAAAUGCAACAGGGUAAACACCAAGAGUAUGAAAAGAAAUUAUAUGAACAAUACAAUGUGGUUUUAAGAAGACAGGAUAAUUCUCCUCCAAUACAGAAUUCAAUAAUGAACGGCGGUAUAGAAAAUAUGUCUCAAAAUAAUAAAGAAACUUGGCCUUCUCUCCAUAGUAAUAAUUCACGUGAUAAUUCACCAGUUGAAGAUGACAGAUUAUAUGAUGUUGAAAUAACUUUAACUAAUCACAAUUCACAGUCAGAUAAAAAUUCAGAUAAAGGAGAAUCUCAAAAUAAUAAAAUAAAUGCACAUAAAAACAAAAAGAAAUCUAGUUCCCCCGAAAACAGAAAAGAUAAAGUAAAUACACCUAAUUCUAUUCCAUCAGCCGAAGAGGAACAGUUAAAUACAUUGGAAGGUGAAUGUACUGAAAAUAAAAGAAAUUUAAUAAAAGAAAUAUGGUAUACUGAACCAGUUGGUAAUAAUCAAUUAGAAAUUGAUGCCCAAAGUGAUACUUUAUUUGAAAAUUCCCAAAAACCAUCCUCAAUAUUUGAACAAGAUAACAACAAUUCAUUCUUUUCAUCAAAUUUUUCAAAAUUAACCAAUGGAAAAUCUAGUCCUGUAUUAAACAGUGAAUCUGAUUGGAGUCCACCAGUUAGUGCAAUUUUACCACCUAUACCUGAUGUUUUACCUCAAGUUCAAACUUCUGAGGAUUGGCAAGCAGCAUUUGGGUUUUCAAAUAAUAGUAAUAAUUUUAGAAGUAAUACAUAUAAUCAGUCAUCAGAUAUUAAUAGAUCUACGUUAAAUUUACCAGCCGAUGAUAGUAUAUUUGAUUCAGUUUCUAUUACACAACGAGCUUUAUCUGAAUAUAUGGAACAACAAAAUCAUUUAAAUAUGUACCAAUCUAGACUUCAAAAUUCUGGUUUCCCUUACUGCACAAAAUUAAUGGAUAAUCUUCACAUAAAUAAUGCGGCUCCUCCAAGAACAUGUCUACCACCUCCUGGAUUUUCUUCGGCUUCCAAUCAAAUCAAUUCCUAUGGUAUCAGUAUUCCUCGUAACACAGGUAACACUAAUAAAUUGACACAAAAUAAUCAGUUUGGAUUACAACAACAUAUAGGUCAAACAUCUUCCCAUAAUUUAGAUUGGUCAUCAAUUGAUCCAGCAAUUGUCACUGCAGCACCUCAUUGUAAUCUUUAUACAACACCACCACCACCUCCAGGUUUUAAUAUGAGACAAACUUUCGACUCAAAUUUAUGGUUGUUCAACAACCUUAUUUAAAUGUGCUUUACUUAUGUGAUACUUGAGCAAGAAAAUAAAUAGUAAAGGCAGAUAUUUUUAUUUCAAUAUUGAUUAUGAUAACCCUAACAAAUCCCACGCAAUAUUCUAAUAUUAAUUAAAUGAAUUGUUUAUGAUUCAAGAAAAUAAAAAUUUGCCAAACUUUA